AUCCGAACCAGCCUUGGGAUCGUCAAUGUGACAUCUACAGUAGAUCUUGAUGCUAGGCAGGUCAUUGAUCACGGUUCCUCCCAGAUCUGUCAUUCCUUUGGGGAUUAGCCUGAUUAUGUCAUGAUCCGAUCUGAUUGCUUAUCGAUUAGGGGUCGUUUACUCCAUACUACGGAAGCCGCCACUGCGACUAUUCUUGUCUUGCUACGCCUCCUUUCUCCCUUUGUCAAGCUCCUGGCCUAGAAUAGCUUCUGGGUUCGGAAUGGGAGUGACACGUACAACUCCUUCUCGCCAGCAGCAUGCGAGCGCCUCCACGCCUACGGACGCUCGAGCUACACGCUCAAGAGCUGUGGCAAGCACCCCCGCGUCGUCCAGGAAGCGAAAAGCGACUGAACAGAGUGUCACACCAAGUACGUCAUCAAAGAAGUCGCGUCGAUCUGCUCCAAGUCGUCCUACUCAAGAUCCCGUUGAGGUGAUCGAUCUGACUGGUGACACCCCUAGCCCUGCUAGAAGAAGAGCUCGAGCACCAGCAUCAUAUGACGAGCCAGCUCCUGAACGCCGAGCGAGAAGAUUCCGCACCCAUCCUCCCAGCACAUAUCUUGAUAGAGCCGCGCGUGCACUAUCCCAGCGCAUGUUCGUUGUCGGACAUACUGUCACGGAAGUCGAUGAUGCGCCCGAGAUAUCAUUCGACAUUGUCGGUACCACUGGCAACAUCUAUAAGACCACGAUAGGGAAGGUGCCAUCUUGCAGCUGCCCAGAUGCUCUAAAAGGGAAUCAAUGCAAACACAUCUGCUAUGUCCUAGUCAAGGCCCUUAGAGCGCCUCAGCAUCUUCAAUAUCAGUUAGCAUUCUUGUCGUCGGAACUCCGAGAAAUGUACAACGGCUCUCCCAUCAGCCGCGAGCAGGCCCACGCUGAAGGAAAAAAGGAUGGGAACAGGAAACCUGUUGAAGGCGACUGCCCGAUCUGCUUCAUGGAGUUCGAACCCGACAAAGAAGAGAUAGUAUGGUGCCGAGCAGCAUGCGGAAACAAUAUACACAAAACUUGUUUCCAAAAGUGGGCCGCAACCCAGCAAGCCCAAGGAGUGAGAUGCGUUUAUUGCCGUUCUCCUUGGCAAGCAGAUACUGGUAACAUGAAGCUUGAUGAACUGGUCAAAGGAGCCAGUGUAGAUUCCGAUGGCUACGUCAAUGUAGCCGAUCAGCUCGGCCUGUCUGGAAUUCGCGGUAUAGAUUGUUCAACAUAUCAUCCUUACUGGGUGCACCGGCAAUCGUCUCGUUAUGGUUCGCGACGUGGUAGAGGUGCGUGGGACUACGCCAACCGAUAUUAGUAGUGAAGCUUAUCCGUCUGGCCUGGAUUGUUUUCUGGAUCUUUAUAAGCGUCGGAAGUCUGAGAUUGAUACCCAGCGCAUGUCAUUCAGUUAUAUUAAUACAUUGGUAUCAUUCUUCCAAAUGGGCAGUACAUUUAGCUCUAUCCAACAAUAAGGCGAGAUUGCACUGAACAUAAACU